UAAAAGGGUUAAAAUUGAAAUUAAAAAGUUUUUAUAAAUAGUGAUAAUUUUAUAUGGAAGAAACUAUUGUUAAAACAGAUAGUUCUUCAUAUUUUGAUCUUCAGUCAUUACUUGAAAAUCCAGUACGUUUUGGUCCAUGUUUUAUAGAUCCUCUUGGACAUUGGGAUACGUUGUAUACACCGAUUAAUAUUAUAGAAUCUAGUAAUAAUACAGCAACUGAUGGCCAGACUGUGCGUUCAUUUGAAUCAGCACAAUUGAAAGAUAGUGGAUCACCUAUAGCACGUCCUUCUAUUGUGUUAUUUUCAUCAGAUCAGUUGUCACAUAAUUGGACGAGUAUUAGACCGUCUGCACCGGGGUUAAUUAAUGUUGGCAAUACGUGUUAUCUUAAUUCGGUUCUUCAAGUAUUAUCUCACGUUCCUCCAUUUGUUCAAUAUUUACUUAGUGGCCAUCAUUCAUCACAAUGUCAAAUGAAUUCUUGUGUUUUUUGCAAGAUUGAGGAACAUGUAGCUCAAUGUUAUCCUUCAGAUGUAAAUCGUCCUGUUCCUGCUUUUAAGCCGCUUCAUAUUGUUGGUGCAUUAAAAUGGAUAUCUAAACGAUUUCAACCAUAUCGACAAGAAGAUGCUCAUGAAUUUCUUCGAUGUUUACUUGGGGAAAUGCAACGUUCAUGUAUUUAUCCAUAUAAGGAUUUAGAUUUCGCCAGUCAGGAAACAACUGUAAUAUAUAAAAUAUUUGGCGGUUAUUUGCGACAACAAAUCAAAUGUCUCAAAUGUAAUAAUAUAUCAAAUACAUAUCCUGUGUAUCUAGAUCUUUCUUUGGAUUUAAUGGGCACUUCUAUCGAAGAAGCAUUGGCUAUGUAUGUUCGUGAAGAAAAAUUAACUCAAUCCAAUCGAUAUAAAUGUGAAAAAUGUGAGAUUUUGGUUGAUUUUCAAAAAAAAUCAACCAUUUAUAUACUUCCUCCCAUUUUAACUCUACAUCUUAAACGGUUUUCUUUUAAUAAGGCUUUUAAAAUGUCAAAAAUUACUCGAUCUAUUCGUUACGGCGAAACACUUGAAAUGACUUCAUAUAUGUCACAAAAAAAGCAAAAUCCUAUCAUUUACGAUCUUAUCGGUAUUAUCGUUCAUUCCGGAAAUGAUACUCGUUGUGGUCAUUAUUAUUCUUUUUGCAAGACUAGCAAUGGUACAUGGCAACAUUUUAAUGACGAUAGGGUAUCAACGGUGAGUCUUCAGACUGUUCUUAAACAACAGGCCUACAUAUUGUUGUAUUCUCGUUCUAAUUCUUCGAAAUAUACUGAUUUCAAUCAAUUUUCAAAUAUGCAUUUUUCGCUUAAUUCUUUGGAUAAAAUUCGAAUUCAUAAACAAAAUCAUAAUUCUAAAAAAGAAGAUACGGGUGUGUUGGUGUGAUGUAAAGUGUAAUCAUUAUUUUAAUUAUAGAGAAGAAGUGCUAGAA